UAGACUAUCGUUUAUAUUAUUAAAAAAUACUUGCGAGCAAAAUAUUUCUGGGCGCCCAUGUCUUUUUUCUUUCAAGAGCAAGCAAGAAAUUAACAUGUCAUAAUUUCUAGGGUCAUACUUACCAAUAUAGAAGGUUUCAUAAGGAAAUACAAGAAAGCUGAGGGCACCUUGACAAAAUUCCUAGGUGAAAGUUAAGCAUAAAAGGCUAGAAGAUCAUAGCUCAAAUUAACAGCAAAAAUGGCAGAAGUGAAGCUCUUUAGGACAUGGUCAAGUCCUUUUGCUUUGAGAAUAGUUUGGGCACUGAAACUCAAAGGUGUCCCAUAUGAAACAAUCUAUGAAGAUCUUUCAAACAAAAGCCCUUUGCUUCUUCAGUAUAACCCUAUUCAUAAAAAGGUUCCAGUGCUUGUGCACAAUGGAAAACCAAUUGUUGAGUCUUUUGUAGUUCUUGAAUACAUUGAUGAAACUUGGAAGGAAAAUCCCUUGCUGCCUGAAGAUCCUCUUGAGAGAGCCGCUGCACGGUUUUGGGCAAAAUUUGGUGAUGACAAGGUUUUGCCAUCUAUUUGGGAGUCAUUUACCAGUGAUGGGAAAGAGCAAGAGGAAGCUAUUGUAAAAGCCAAGGAGAACUUGAAGUACUUGGAAGAAGAGCUAAAGGGAAAGAAAUUCUUUGGGGGAGAGAAGCUUGGAUUUGUAGAUAUUGCACUUGGAUGGCUUGCGCAAUAUGAGAGUAGUGUGUUUGAAGACGUAACCGGAAUGAAAUUGUUAACAGAAGAAGAGUUUCCGUUGCUAUCAGCAUGGAAACUGACUUUUGCAGAUGCUCCUAUAAUCAAAGAUAACUGGCCAUCUAGAGACAAACUUGUCGCCAAAUUUCAGGCUAUUCGGGAGGAUCACCUUUUGAAAAAAGCACCAAAAUGAGAUGGCUUGCGACCAUUUCAUGAAUGGAAACAAGGGGAAGAGUUACAUACUGGUCUUACUAUGAAGAAUUACAGAGAGGAUCAUGGAUUUUAGUAAAAUAAGAAAUCUAAAUGAGAGUGUGUUUAAGAGUAUUUUUUAUCAUGCCAAAGGCACUUCUUAUUGUGUAUGGUUUGGUUGAACUCCUUAAUAGUGUUUUUCUUCUCU